AUGUCGUCCGUCGCCCUGAAUCGGGGCCCUGCUGUGCCUGCGGCGGCCCGUCGCUUCCUUCAGUACGUGGCCGCGAGUCCCUCGCCCUUCCAUGCGACGGCAUCAAGUGUGUCGAUGCUGGAAGAGGCAGGAUUCACCAAGCUUCACGAACAUCAAAGCUGGAACGACAAGCUCUACGUCGGCGGCCGAUACUAUGUGCAGCGGAACCAAUCGUCGCUCGUUGCCUUUGUGAUCGGCAAGCAAUUCACGCCAGGCCAAGGUGUGCAUAUCAUCGGUGCGCACACAGACUCGCCCCAUCUGCGCAUUCGCCCGAUAUCCAAGCGGUCCAAGGAAGGGUACCUGCAGUGCUCCGUCGAGACGUAUGGCGGUGGCCAGUGGCACACAUGGUUCGAUCGGGACCUCAGCCUAGCGGGCCGUGUGAUUGUCGCACAGGAUGCAUCGCGCUUCGUGUCUCGACUCGUGCACAUCCAGCGGCCUCUGCUGCGUGUGCCGACGCUGGCCAUCCAUUUGAACCGUUCCGUGAACGAGGCCUUUACCUUCAAUCACGAGGACCAGCUUCAACCUAUACUAGGCCUCGCCUCCAUGCUGAACGAGCCGGAUCAAAGCAUGGCAGCCGUGCCCGGACUCUCUGCGAAGCACCAUCCCGUGCUCCUGGAACUGUUGGCACAAGAGCUAGAUGUGCCUGUGAGUGCCAUCCAGGACUUUGAGCUGUCUCUCUACGAUACGCAGCCACCAGCCGUGGGCGGCGUGUCCAACGAAUUCCUAUUUGCACCGCGUAUCGACAAUCAAAUGAGCUGCUUUUGCGCCACCGAGGCCCUCGUGGCCUCCGUGCUGGACCUCGACGCCCUGAACACAUCCCAAAGUAUUCGCGCUAUCGCCCUGUUUGAUCACGAAGAGGUUGGCUCCGUGUCGAACCAGGGUGCCGAGUCCAACUUGCUAUGGAGCAUGAUCCACCGCCUCUCUCACUUGCAUGUGAACGGCGUCGAAGACAGCACGGCGUCAUCCGCCGCUGACCUGAGCGAGCAAAGUCUGGCGCGCUCGUUCUUGAUCAGCUCCGAUACGGCGCACGCCGUGCAUCCCAACUACGCCUCUGUGCAUGAACAAAACCUGCGACCGCACAUGAACGCCGGACCCGUCAUCAAGAUCAAUGCCAAGCAGCGCUACGCAUCCAAUGCGGCCACGUCGUUCCUGCUUCGCCGUGUUGCUCAAAAGGCCGGGGUCCCUGUGCAAGAAUUCGAGGUGCGCAACGAUUGUGCAUGUGGCAGCACCAUUGGUCCCAUGCUCUCCAAGAUGGUCCGCACCGUCGACGUGGGGAAUCCGCAGCUGAGCAUGCAUUCCAUUCGCGAAGUAUGCGGCUCGCACGACGUCGACUACAAAAUUCGUCUUUUUGUCGAGUUUUUCCGGUCGUUUGAGCAAGUGGAUCGAGAGCUACACAUCGAUGAUUAG